GUAUAGUGCACUUUGUCGAUUGGCCAGCGUGACAUUAGGAAUACAGCAGGUAUCGCUCGCAAGAAUUUAUUCGAUCCGAAAAUCCAAGGCGUAGUGCUCUUGUAAAUUGACCGUAUUCUUGCAGUAUUCAGAAUAUAUAAUUCUGCAAAGUUGCAGAACCGUCCAGUUGUUGCACAAGCAGUGCAUUUUCUAAACAUAGCUGAUGUUAAUUAACUUUUCUCUCUAUUAAGUGAAAACUAAAAGAGCUAAUCUCUAUAUGUGCCACCUGCAAAAGUGUGAUAACAACUGUCAGUAGACAUAUAAUAUCGUAACACAGAUAACACGGACAAUCUAUCUUUCUAAAAGGGUUGCAAUUCAUCGAACAAUCGACACGAUAUUAUUUUCGAAUAUUAGUUCGCGAAGCAAGUGUAAAGUGGCGUUUACGAAGAACCGCACGAAGGUUAGUAAUAUACAGCUGAUGCGUUCGUCUGCGACGAGUCGCGGUUGACAGAUUCAGCGCGACGAAGAUGUCAUUCAAAGCUGGUCAACGCGUCGAGGUUCCUGUAAAGGACUGCCAAGGCGUAAUAGCCUACGUGGGCCACCCGGCCUUCGCGUCGGGCAAAUGGAUCGGCGUGAUACUCGAUGAACCGAAGGGGAAAAACAACGGCACUGUCAAAGGCCAGGUGUACUUCAAGUGUGCGGAAAAUCAUGGCAUGUUUGCGCGUCAGACACAGCUUAUACUUCUGGAUGAAGCUGGCAAUAGGACAGAACCUGUUAGUCCUUCUUCGGCAGGUAGCAGUGCCACUACACCUGAUGACAGCGCUGCUAGAGCCAGGAGUCGUCUAAAUAGCAUUAGUAUGCGUCGAAGGAACGAACCUACAGCUGUACGGAGAAAAACAUCUCCUGCGAAUGUUACUCGCCAGCAAUCUGACAAACUUUCUGGUUCUCGAUUAUCCUUGAGUGGAAGUAGAACAUUAUUAAGUGCUCCAAGCACAGAAAGUUUAACUGGAUCGCAGCAUGAACGUAGGGAUGGCGGCGAGUCAUUAAUUCCAGCGCCAACCACUGCUUCAAAGCGCGCAUCAUUUAUUGAGAAGUCCCCUAGCACGAGCUCGCCUCCCGGCAAAAAGCCAAAGGCCCAAGAUGAUCACAAUAAUACAGGUUUUGUAGAAACGUUGAAACCGCAGUUCGUGCCCGGCCAGGUGAUGGCAGGUUCGGCAGCGGCCGCGAACCUGGUGGAAGAAAAAUUGUCACACUUGCAGCUUAUACAAGAGAAUGAUAACUUGAAAUCUCAGGUACGCGAUCUUACUGACAAAGUAGAAACUUUACGUGUGAAGCGAAUGCAGGACAAAGAGAAGAUGAAGGAUUUCGAAAAGACAAAACUCCAAAUCGAACAGCUUCUCGAGUUCAAGGCUAAAGUCAUGGAAAGUCAAGCGAGCCUCCAGAGAGAUCUUCAACGAGCUCGACAAGAAGCCAGAGAAGCUUAUGUGGCAAAGGAAAAAUUCCAGGAAGAAAUGUCCGGUAUCGCGGAGACAGCAGAAAUGGCCACGUUAGAUAAGGAAAUGGCAGAAGAGAAAGCGGAAACCCUUCAAAUUGAAUUAGAACAACUCAAGGAAAAAUUGGAGGAACAAACGUUGGAUUUAGAGAUAUUACGCACAGAAAUGUCCGAACGGGCAGCCGGCGGUGGAAUGACUACAGGGACAUCGAACUAUGAGGUGAAGCAAUUGGAACAGCAGAACAAUAGAUUGCGCGAAACGCUCGUGAAAAUGCGCGAUUUGUUGGCGCACGAGAAGCACGAAUUCCAGAAACUGCAAAAGGACAUGGAUCAGAAGAAGUCUGAGAUUUUGGAGUUGAGUCGCACGAAAGAAAAGUUAUCUGCGCGUGUCGAAGAAAUGGAACAUCAGAUAGCGGAUUUACAGGAACAAGUUGAUGCGGCAUUAGGAGCCGAGGAAAUGGUCGAAAUGCUGGGCGAGAAGAAAAUGGCUUUGGAGGAAAAAGUAAUUGAAUUAGAAGAGGCUGUCGCGGACUUGGAAGCUUUGCAGGAUAUGUCUGAUCAAUUGGCCGAAUCGUCCAAAGAAUUGGAAUUGGAGCUUCGCGAGGAAUUGGAUCUCGCUCUUGGAGCGGCACGUGACGCGCAACGGCACCGAGACGCCGCGCUGGAAACACUCGCGGAUCGCGAAUUAACCAUCACGAAGUUCCGCGAACUCACGCACCAACUGCAGGAGCAAUGCUUGCAAUUGCAGCAACGAGUUCAGUCGACAGAAUCCACCAAGACUAAUAUUCGAGGCGCGGACCAGCAACUGGCAGAGAUAUUAGACUUCCAGAAAACGUUCGCCGAGACUCGAGCGCAAACCAAGGCGGUCGAUCUCGAGUUGCGUCGCUUGGACGCCGAGGAGGCGCGGAACCACGUGUGCUAUUUGCUAUCCUUCAUGCCGCCCGCAUUUUUGACUCGCGGCGGAGACCACGACGCGAUAUUAAUGCUUCUUCUGAUACCGAGAAUGACGCAGAAAACGGAGAUAUUAAUCUCGCAAGUGCGAGAGAAGUACAGAUCGAUCGAGAAGAUAGACAGAGCUUCUGUAGUGAGAGGUCACUCGGUGGCGCAAUACUCGUUUAGAUCUCGUCUGUGUUCACACAUGUAUGCCUUACAAACGACGCUAAGCUGCUUCGAGUCGACUCUGAACUCCUGCAACCCGGAAAUGCUGCUUAAAGCGGGCGCGGCUUAUCCGGAAAUGGCGGCGCAAGAGAAAUCUUUGGAUUCACUGAUCGAACUGGCUAAGAGAGAUCAGUUGGAUGAGAAUUUGCCGAUGGACGCUAUCGAGAAGUGUUGCGGAUACUUCGCGACGAUGUUCUCAGUGCUGUUCGGGGAAAAUACGACUAUCAAUCAGGCGCGUUUGAUCGUUAACGGCACGAGAACUUUGGGCAGCACGUGCGAUGCCAUUGCUACCGACGCUGCGGCGAUUAAAGCACUGAUACAAGGAGAGAGUGGUGACAUAGGUCUACUUUGUCAACACGUGGAAACAACGUGCGAAGUAAUCCAGCAACACUUGAAGUCGGCUAGAAGGCGAGUACCGCGCGAUCACGCCGGCCCAGCGUUCUCCGUAGCCGCCAAUUUAGGAUUAGACAAAGACUGCAACGAGCAAUUCUCGACGUGCUAUCAACACGCUGUAAAAAUAAUAAAGACACUCCAAAAUCUAUUGAAGAGCGCUUUGCAGGCUAUCACCGGAAAUGGCGAUUUGGAUACGGGACUCACGGCCGACAAGUUGAAGGAAAUGGCCGCGACUUCUAGCGAAAAGGUGUACGAUACGGAAGACCUCGGACCUGUCGCCACUAUCAAAGCCAGCUUGACGGUGAUACAACAACUGGCGGCGAAUCUGGCGCAGAAGAUGGCCGAAUGCGAAAACGAAUUGGCUAUAAGCGGACAGACGCAGAGUCAGCAGCAAUCUAUGGAGAACGAAUCGAUAACGCCAAUCGUGGUUAGAGCGAGUGCGGUGAGGAAGGAAUCGGAGGAAACGAAAAUACUUAGCAGAAAACUCGAAACAAGAGAUGGCGAUAUACGCGAAGCGAGAUUAGCUCUGCGGGAAAAGCAGGAGGAACUGUCCCAAAUGACGUUGCGAAAGGAAUUGGCCGAAAAGCGAUUUGCGACGCAACAGCAUGAACACGAGAUGAACGUUGAAAAGCUAAAGAGAAAAUUAGACGAGGCGCAGAAUCAGUUAAAACGCAAGGAGAAAGAAUUCGAAGAGACGAUGGAUCAUCUACAAACCGAUAUCGACAGUCUGGAAACGGAGAAAGGACAAUUGAAGGAAAAGCUGAAGUCGGUUGGCAAGAAACCGACAUCAACAUCUGGCGCGGAUAGCAUGACGGGAAGCACUUCGAUAAUGAGCACUUUGGAUAACAAAUAUUACGUACAGGAAAUAAACGCUCUCAAGGAAGCCUUGAGUAACGAACACCAGCAAAAGAAAAAGAUAUUGUGCGACGUUCUACGACGGAAAUUAGAUAGUUUGGAGCCAUUAUCGACGCCGUCGACUCUCAGAUCUCCGGACUCGACGAUUCAAGAAUUGCGGAAGAGGACCACCGAGCUCGUUAAGGACGUCGCGAAGACCGUAGUGUAUCCGACGGUUCCUGAUUUGAGGCGUAAAGUGCCCGAAGUGUCUUAUCAUUACUUAUUGGAACGGCGAAGGAACAUCAUACAGCUGAAGGAACGAGCCGACGAGCUGGCGGCUCAGGUGCGUCGCGAGGCUAUCAAACGUACGCCCGGCGGAAGAGCGGAAGCGAAUUUCGCCGUGUAUCCGAAUCGAGAGAUGGCGGCGGCGAUGCACGAACGCAAGCUACUCGCCGCCGAAAUAAAGAUCCCUUACAACGGCCCCGAACAAUCCUUCUUGGUUAACGUAGGACCGCAAGAACUUAGGAAAAUUCACACUCUACUAUACUAUUAGAAACCCGCGUUGCUUUAUUAUUUAUUUCCCGGCGGCAAAGUACGUGAUCACAGAAGCAUUCAAGCAAUAUACCGUGCAAGAGACUUUUUCUAAUAUUUUCAUGAUUUAUAUAGUGAUAUUUUAUACUAUGUUGCCGCACCUUAUCGCAUUCUGUAAGGAAAAAAACAGGAGGGAGCUAAUUAUAUAUAUUGUUACGAAGAGUUAAUUAGGUUUUUUAUACGGAGAAUUUUACGCGCGCACGCGUUGCGUCGGUGCGAAAGAGGUACAGGGCAGAUCUAGUAAUUCGUAAUUUGCACUCGUGCAAUGUUUAUUUAUUUCCGAUGGGCUACAGCGCGAUGACCGGUGCACCGCGCCUUGGGAGGCUCCGUUCGUUACGUUAUAAACGCAAUGUUUAGUAUUAACAAUUCAGAGGAGAAAUCGUGUGCCUCCGCGGCUUUUCUGUAUUAUAUAUAUAUAUAUAUGUCCUUAAGAAUUGUCAAAUAUACGAUCUAAAAAUAUUUACACAAUUAUUCUUUGUUAUGUGUACCCUAAGUGGUGAUGGUAUCACAAUUAUAGAAAGUAAUGUUCGUGGUCUCGCGGAGCAGGCACGUCACCCACCUCGACCAAAAUAUCAUAUAUAUACUUUCACCGUUGCUACAUGUCAUAUAGGCAACGGCCCGAUAUCAUAAUAUUAUCACGAUUACCGCUAAACAUUUAAUGAAACAGAAAUUUUUAUAGUACAAUAUUCCAGUUUUUUAUUUGUAGAGAUAAAAGGAGCAGUAAACCGUUGAUGUAAUCCUCAAAUAUUUAUGAAAUAAUGUAUGCCUUAAUUACUGUCACAAUUUUAUUAUACAUACAGGCAUGUAUAUGUGCGUAUGUGCGUACACGUAUCCCGUACGCGUACAUACGUACACACAUACACACAGCGGAUAGUAUUUAAGUGCAUAUAUCAUUAGUUUAUUAACUUACUCGCUCAUUCACUCUCACAGCAUUGGUGACGCGCACUCUCUUUUACACUUUUUAUUUAUUCUCUUUUAAUAAUAAUUAAUCACGCAUUCAAUCGAGAGGACUGGUUAUUGGUUAUAUCUUUCCUCGUAUUCUCAAAAAAAAAGAAGAAAAAAAAAGAAAAAA